UAAUUGAUGUCGCACGCGUCCUCUUCGUGUCUCCCGUUCCCGAAGCCAGUCUCACCUUCUCCGACACUUGCGCUGCACACUGUGCCUACAGAGACGGCGUGCUGCUAACGACCCGGGAACUCCCACCAUGUUCAGCUCCUGCGACCCGAUAUAACUCGGUACCAUGGCAGCAGCACCUUUACCCGUCCCCGCCGGGCUUCCCUCCCCGCGGUCGCCGACCCUCUCAGAGAUCUCCAUGAUCCUGCCAGAGGGCAACACACUGCGCAGCGUGUCUCCAAGCCCGUAUAUCGAACGAGAACGGCCACCCUCCCCUUCUAGCUUCUACGCGCACUCGAACCGCUCGACGCACACCAUCAAGCUGGCCUCCGCGCCCCAGGGCCGGCGCGGGCCUUCACCUCAAAUUAAAUCUCCACCUCUUUCGGCGCAGAGUUCGCGCUCGACGCUGCGCAACAUGAGCGACUCAGAGGCAAAUGCGAAGGCCUCGGGCGCGCGCGCCGAUGCGCUGGCGUCCUCGCCAACCAUUCACGAUGCCCUCACAAGCCACCCACCGCACGGCUGGAAGAACCCACCACCGCGCAGAUACAGCAACACCUCGAGCUCUGUGAACAGCGAGGAUUUUGAGGACAUGACGAGAUGGCCCGGGUUCGAUAGCCAGGGCGGCUUCGACGACAGUGGAGUGGACCUGGAAGAUGAGGAGGACCGCGACCAAUUCCCGGUCGAUGUGCAGGGCGACGAAGACACGGACAAUGAGCGAUGGAUGAACGAACAGAGCGACAACGAAGACAACCACUACUCGUCCGAUCUGUACUCGAAACGCGCAGAGAUGAUCCUGGCCAACGCCAAGAAACGUCUGAACGUUAUGGAAGGAAACCUUAGAGGCGCUCGCCAAUCGCUGGUGGUCUCGCCGACACUCAAUGGCAUGAAGAUGGCAUCUGAACUCUCGCAGCAAAUCUCAGCAGCGCGGGAACGAGACAGGAGAUUGUAUGCUGGAAUGGGACCCAUACCUCCCAGGACCCGACCAUACUAUUCUUCGCUACUCUCCACGAACAACAGCCCGGGUCACUCACGCGGUUUGAGCGAAACCUCCGUCCCUCUGCCCUUCUCUCCGUCGUACAUGACUAGGACCGUCCCAAACAAGCGCGCAUCGAGCGCCAUGGGCAUCACGAGCGGACCAUGGUCGCCAGAGGGAUAUGGAUAUGGGCGUUUCCCGAUACGAGAGACACGAAGUUUUGAGGUUAUGCGUGAUCCUCGCAACGGGUUGGGACAUGAUGAGCGGGAGCACUCCUUGCGUUCUCAUUCCAGGGGCUCGCGAUCGCCCCCCAACGUCUUAGAAACACUACCGGAAGACGACGACGCACCAAAGCUACAUCGUUCAGCUUCGACUACGAGCAGUCUGCGGGAUCAAAUGAACGACCUCAAGGGCAGGAUAUCGAGCCUGAAGAUAAGGGCGCAGGAGGACAAUCUUCGACGGCGCAGUAUGCAGACCCUUCGCACACCCAGCCCUUUCACUUCUGCCGAGAUAUGGUAUUCCGGCACAGAGGCCUACAAGAACAGUGGCUCUCCGGUAACAGCUGACGCAGGUGUGGGGAUCAAGACGGAGUCCCCCACCAGGAAAGCGCUGUAUGAGGAUGAAGGGAGCGAUUCAACCCCGAGAACGACUACAACGACUGCAACAUCGGCAGAUCACAUGCGAACGCUAACCCAAGGGAAGAACAAUAUUGACCGGAGGACGGUCGAUCGCAGCCAACAUCAUACGGCAGACCAUUACGACGAUUCUCAAGAUGCGGAGCCCGAGGGAACCGACGACGAUGUCAACGGUCAAGACCUGAGCGGCGUGGAGGAAAGCGAUAACGACUUCGUAUCCGUUGAAGGUGACGAGUACGAGCACGGAGGCAGCAGCAUCUACGAGGAUGCUGUUUACGAAAUGCCGGUUGCCGAACGCCAUGAAGACCGCGUAGAUGCAUUUGACUACGAGCAUUUCUUUCUGCACAGUGCAAUGGGCACCUACAGCCAGGGACGCCGCAGCUCUAGCUCAAGUUCAAGUUCGACUGAUUCUGUGGCCACCACCAGGCCGGUUACCGCCAUCCAAAACCACGAAGAUUCAACGAGCCCAGCCAGGAGAAUCUCUUAUCACCAACGCAAUCCCAGCGUAGACUCAAUCUCGACCAUAGCAAGCUUUGCUACUGCCGCAGAAGAGCAGCCCGAUGACGAGGAAGAGAAUGAGCAGAUGGACCGUUUCUCCCAACAACUUCUUUCCAACCGUCAGUCUGUUGCACCGCGCCACGCUACACCAAACGGGCUUACGUCGCCUCGCUCCGAUUCCGCAAUCAACAUGCGACGAGUCAACAGCUCACCAACACAGACGUCAAAUAUUUCCCGCGGCUCCUCACCUGCGAGCGACCUUGUAACCGGCCUCCAGACCUCCAAGAUCUUCUCCAUUAUGCUCGAAACACCUAAAGAGGAGCCUCGUCUGGCGCUCAACGAAGAAGAGAAGCAGCUCAUCUACAGUUUGGCUGCCAGUCUCCAACAGGUUUGUGCGAAUCUCCAGAGCACGGCUGGGGACCAGUACGAACGCAAAGAAUGGCGGCGGCGACUUGAUGAGGCGCGCAGGAUCCUCAAUGGCGAGGAGCUUGAGGGCCAACCAUUCUAAUAUGUUCUAACUGCAUGUCACUCGUUACUUUCUAUUUAUCUCAAGGAUAGGUAAUGUCUACUUUCUAUUUUGCUGCGCAUUAGCGAUCUGCAACUGUACAAUCCAUCUCAUCGACUAGGUUAUAUCUUGCUGAUAUUCUGUUUCCUAUGUACCUACGCUCUGGGUCCCGGACGAGCGGCCACUCUCUUAGUCGUUGCUUCGGCGAUAUCGCGGUGGCUAGUCCUUUGUAUUUCCCUUUGGAUGGGCACUUGUUUGCCCUAGACGGAUCUCUUUUAGGAGGCCAGCAUGCUUGGCUGCACGUAUGUAUUGAUACCCGGGGUGGAGUAGAGCGCAGCGGUGAAAGUGGGCAUCUACGAGCGACGGACUGACUUUAAUUCAUGUGUCUACUUUUGCAUGGGGUAGGGAGCUGUCUGAAUAGAAGCUGUCAAUUACGCAAUGCUACAUGGACC